CUUCCAACAUAUGCAACAUGGUGCCUGACUGUGAACUACCCACAAUAAGAACAGCACCCAAGUAAAUUCAACCCUUCGACAUAUCAGACUCAGAAACACAGAGUAACUACAGCAAAGUGUGUUGAAUUCUGGCUCGGGAAAUGGAGGGUUCUUCCCAUAUGCAUCCAUACAGGAGGGACACGAGACAGAUGAGAGGUGUAAAGAGGGAAUACUACGCGCAGGGCCAGGAAAACAGGAACUACAAACGCCCACCAUACAGGAAGGCACCCAAAUAUCAGGAGGAGCUGAACUGGAGGAUCCGACUUUGCCGGGAGUUGGAGGACACGAGGCGACAGCUGGCCAGACAGAAAGCCCUGAAAGAACUGUACGUGAACAAAGUAAGAGAAACACAGCUGGAGCUGGAGAGGCUGCAGAGGUGCAAUGGCGCACAGGCCUUGAACGCCACAUGGACACUCAACCAGGGUAGCUGGACCAACAGGCAGAGGACUAAAGACUUGGAGCAUAACGCGGUACACCGAGUGAGCAAACCUCCUCAGGAACGAGUGGAGACAGUCGUGGUUUCAAACCCAGAGGUCAGCCAGAGGUGCGAGGAUCCGCAACGUGCCAUUGACCUUCAAGGUGACCUUGACGUGGCCCAUGUCGUUUCUGCAGGCACUGUGGCCACCAAAAUGCAACCAGACCCACACCUUGUGCCUGAGAGGAAACUCCAGAGUGGGAAGACAGAUGAGAGGGAGAAGUCAAAAUGUGGGAGGGAGAAAAACAACGGUCUUCAAGAAGAGCUGGAGCAACUGAGGGCUUUGUACCAGAAGAUUCUCAAGGUCAGCCAGCCUGCUGAGAGAGAGAAUGUCAAGUCGGACCCGGAACAGGACACUACGACGCGGGUUGACAGUGUCAAGGGAUCGGCUCCAGAUCUAGAAGACUAAGCACUAAAUAUUACGGAUGUGCUUCGGUGAACGUGGCCGCAAAGUUCGGAAGGAAAGGCUUUUAAGAUGCAGAAAACGGGAAUGAUGGGAACUUCACUCCUCAGCCUAAGCACAAACGUAUUUAUUUAUUUAUUUAUUUAUCUAACUUAUUUAUGUAUUUAUUUAUUUAUUUUGCUGUUAUUGCGGAGGAGGUGUUCGUCUGUUGAUUUAAUACACGUCAUUCUCCACUUCUGUUCCCUGAUUUGUGAUUGAGGCCCAUUGUGAUUCAAAUUAUUCUUACAGUUGAGACGUAACAGGUAGCUAUAUACAGAGUACAAAUAUAUACUAUAGACUGGAGAACAUAGCACAUGGUAGCAA